AUGGCAUCUUCGAGCGCAGCCGGUGCUGGAUCCACUGAUCCCGCUGCUGCGAGAAGAAACACCAAGCGACCCAAGUACUCAAAGUUUACCCAGCAAGAACUUCCAGCUUGUAAGCCAAUUCUCACGCCACGAGCGGUUAUUUCGGCAUUCUUGCUUGUCAGCAUUGUAUUUGUUCCCAUUGGAGUUGCUUCGCUAAUUGCUUCAAGGAAGGUUGUUGAAAUUGUUUUUAGGUAUGAAUCAACAUGCAUUCCGAAUAAUGUGACUGACAAGGUAGCAUACAUUCAGAGUUCCGCCGACAAAACAUGCAACAUAACUCUACAUGUGAACAAGCAUAUGAAGUCACCUAUUCAUGUCUACUAUCAGCUUGACAACUUCUACCAGAAUCAUCGCCGAUAUGUUAAAAGCCGGAGUGAUGAACAAUUGAGGGAUCGUAGUGAAGAGAACUCCACAAGUACGUGUAAGCCUGAAGAUACAGCCAAUGGAAAGGCAAUUGUACCUUGUGGUCUUAUAGCUUGGAGUUUAUUCAAUGACACAUACAGCUUUUCCCGUGUGAACCAGAGUUUGAAAGUGAACAAGGAGGGUAUCUCUUGGAAGAGUGAUAGAGAGCACAAAUUUGGAAAAGAUGUUUUCCCUAGAAACUUCCAGAGUAGUGCAAUUAAAGGUGGUGCAAGCCUCAAUGAAUCAAUACCAUUGAGUAAGCAGGAGGAUCUUAUUGUCUGGAUGCGAACUGCUGCUUUGCCUACUUUUAGGAAAUUGUAUGGAAGGAUAGAGGAGGAUCUGAAUGAAGGUGAUAGCAUAAAUGUAAUACUGAAAAAUAAUUACAACACAUACAGUUUUAAUGGCAAGAAAAAGCUUGUACUGUCAACUACUAGCUGGCUUGGUGGGAAGAAUGACUUCCUGGGGAUUGCUUAUCUCACAGUUGGAGGAUUGUGCUUCUUUUUGGCUUUGUCUUUUACCAUUGUAUAUUUUGUCAAGCCAAGGCAACUUGGAGAUCCUUCAUAUUUGUCAUGGAAUAUGAAUCCAGGAGGGCACUGA